CUCGUAUAUAGUGUUUUAACUAUAUAGGGCUACCCUACCAAAAACGAAAGUAUUUUGUUUUGGCGCUAACUUUGUGAAAUUACCAAGUUUCAGGGUUAAAGAUCAGUUGAAAGAACAGAAAAGGAAAGCGGUUCAAUGGAUUUGGAUAAAGAAGAAUCCACCAAGAACCCUGUUGAUUUCCUAUACCGGCUGAAUACGAAAUUAGGCAAUGCUAAUUUCCGAUACACACCCACUUUCGUUGAAAGGUACAAAGGUGCAUUUUACCCACAUGAAACACAAGUACACAUUACAAUUUUCUCACCUUCAUAUUACAAAGUAAGUGUGGACUUUGGGAAUUUUCAGGGACACGUGUGAGACAGUUUUUUGAAACAUUUAAGCUCAUGGAUCAAAUAGUGUAUAAAUAACGUAUUAUUGUUUUUCACAAUUUAAACAUUUGAACCACCUUUUUUGCUACCGCCAUCUAUGUCAAGUAAACAGAACUAAACUUUUUACAUCAGCAAGGUAGUUUGCAGUCAGUCCGUGUAAAAAUCAUUGUCGAGCGCUGUAAGUUAUUAUUUUGAUUUGCUCUUAUCGUAGUAGACCGGUUAAAAGGCAUUUCAAAGCUGAUCCAUUUCCUAAUUAUUAUAUUAUUCUCAGCUAAACUGUUCAAAAUUAUAGAAUUUUGCAUCAUACUUUUGAAAAACAAAGAUGAAUUACCUGAUUCAGCGUGGGAAGAUGCGCCAACAGGCGAUUAAUGUUCCGGAGGGUCUGCCGGAACUUUUAUCAGAUGUUACACGGGAGGUGCUAAGGUGUCAGCCGAAGAAGGAGUGCCUCUGCCAGUUCAUCAUCGACUAUCUGCAUUCGGUGAUAGUGACAAGGGAAAAGGCUAUGGUGGCCAAGACCAUUUUGGACCGCUCUCUACGCCAGGUGGACAGCAUAAUAUCGGACCUUUGUGUCUGCGAUCUCUCCAAGGAGAAGUCCGAGUUGAUGGGCCAGGUACUAGAGGACUGUUUCCGUAACUUCCUCGAGAAACGACGCUGCGAGAUGCGGCGUGGCAAGCAGGCGAUUAACUUCGAGGAUGUGGACAUCCUAGAGGAACUGCUGCAGAAGUGCAAGUUCACCGACGAGGAGCUGGUCAUGUCACGGCCGGCCAUCGAGAGUGCCUACAAGCGCUUCGUGGAUGCCUAUAUGUCCGCCGAACGUGGAGCAGAUGGAACGGAGCUGCUCUACCAGUACUUCCGAGACAGGGAACUGAAGCGCAUCAACGAGGCCACGCGAAACCAGGCAGCCAUCACGAUCCAGGCGGCUUGGCGUGGAUACUGGGUUCGCCUCCAGUUCCCGCAAGAAGUUUGCGUAUGCGUCUGCGCAGCGGAAAAAGAGGACGACGGGGAGGAACAGCGCAGGCAACAUGCUGCGAGCGUUCUUCAGAGGUUCUUCCGCAAGGUUAUGUUGCGCGUGGCUACCAAGCCAAUCGUAGACCCCUGUGCCGAACCAACUGAACCAACUGAAAUGGGGGCUAGCUCUUCACCGGAUACUGCGAAGGAUGGCUAUGAUGACGUAACUCUCUCGACAGUACCGACAACUGCUGCGAUAACUGCCGGACCAACACCAAUGCCAACUGCUCCCGGAACUGUGCCGCCAUCUGCCCAAGGUACUGCUCCGGCCACGGCCAGAACCUCGGCCACCGCUUUAGCAGAGCCAGAAGCUCAUGAUGAGGCAGCGGAAGCUCAGCCAGCGGAGGAAGCUCCUGCAGCAGAGGCGCCUGCGGAUGAAGCAGCACCUCCUUCGGCUGAGGAGGCUGCACCACCGCCAGCAGAAGAGGCUGCACCGGAAGCCGCCGAAGAGCCGGCACCUGCACCACCACCAGAAGAAGCAGCGGCACCGCCACCGCCCGCUGAGGAGCCCGCUCCGGCAGAGGAGGCUGCUCCUCCCGCAGAAGAAGCCCCCGCAGAGGAAGCUCCCGCAGCUGAGUAGAUGAUACCAUGCUGUGUUUAUUAGUUUUCCCUUAGUUGUUAAAUUGAUGUUAUCUGCAAGUGAAUAAACUGAUCGAAAA